AUGGUUCACAAUAAUAUAGGAAGUAAUCCAGCAGGUAGAGAAGUGUUAAAUUUCACGUAUCAUGAUGCUAGCACUAGUACUGCUGCUUCUCAAGAACAUCAUGGCCAUGUGAUCAGAGAACAAGAUCUACUGCUGCCAAUAGCUAAUGUAGGCCGUAUCAUGAAGCAAAUCCUCCCACCAAAUGCAAAGAUCUCUAAAGAAGCUAAAGAAACCAUGCAAGAAUGUGUUUCAGAGUUCAUUAGCUUUGUGACAGGAGAAGCUUCGGAUCAUUGUCGCAAAGAGAAGAGAAAGACUGUCAACGGAGACGAUGUUAGUUGGGCGAUGAUGAAUCUAGGGUUUGAUGAUUAUGCAGAACCAUUAAAGAGGUAUUUGCAUAAGAUUAGGGAGCUCGAUGGUGAAAGGGCCAACCAAAAAGGGGCUAGCAGCAGUAGUAAUGAAGAGAAAGAUCAUCUUCGUCAUGCUCAUCAAGAAACUUCAUCUAAUUACAGAUCUACAGGUAAUCAAGUUCCUCGAAAAGCUACUGUUUCCUCAUCACCGAAUCUUUUCAAAUUCAGCGUUAUCGAUAAACGAAAUAGAUUUUAG